UUCAUCCUUGUACCUGCUACGACCAAAAUUGAUUAUAUAUUUCACAGCUGUUCACAUUCAAAGUUUAAUUCUGGUUGCCGCCCUAAAUGAGGAAGUUCAAAGUGUAACCCGUGUGUGAGGGCAGAGUGGCACUUUUUGUGCAUUAUCAAAUCAUCUAGAAUUCAGGACCAGUGUUCACUCGACUGUAUUUGUGUCCAAAUUAGAUAUACUACUCAACCAAAUGAAAUCAUAUAUAGGAGAGUUUUCAGGUUGUGUAAAUUAUUUUUGCAUACCUGUACAUGUCAGUACUUGGCUGAGGGGUUUGUGAAUCACAGCCUCGGUGAUAAAUGUCACCUCUAGUUGUACAGUAAUGUAUGUAGCCAUGUAGAUGGUUUCUGAUUUAGUUGCCGUCAGGAUAGAAUUAUCUACCAUCUGUACCCAUACCCAAAAGCACUGAAAAAUUACCCUUGAAAAUGAAAUAAACAUAAUGAACCUUAAAUUGUAAUGAUAGCUUUUGGCAGCUUGUCUAAUGUUUAAAAUGACAACAAAUAUUGUAACAGUAACAUCAUAAUUUUGUCUUUUUCACAGGUACUCUAAUGCAAAGACAUGAUUACCUCCACACAGUUUCAAUUCCCCCCAACAAAAACGCAUUCUAUAAUACAGUGUAUUAUUGACAAUAACACCAAGAAGCUGAAAAAAUUACUAAAGGACAAAAACAUCAAUGAAGUUUACCCAUGCAGAGUGUGUAAAGACUAUAUAACUCCACUGAUUGCUGCUGUUGUAAAUCAAAAAAGGGAUAUUUUUACUUUCCUACUACAAGAGGGUGCAGACCCAAACAAGGCUUCCCUAACUGGCUUUACACCUUUACAUUAUGUCUCACUAUCAGAAGCCCCACGUCUUUUUGUGGAGAAACUGCUUGAAGCAGAAGCUGAUCCAAAUGGAGUGAUUCCCAUUCAGCGAUUCACACCACUGCAAACUGCCGCCAUCAAUGACAGAGAUGAUGUCAUGAAAGAGCUCAUUUCUGCUGGGGCAGAGGUAACAUUGUUACCUCACACUGAUCCUGAACAGAUUAUUCACAAUCAAAAAAUAUCUCGGAUGAUUCAUUACUUUGCGUCAAAAGGAGAUGAAUUAUGCUCCAAGAUCAGAUAUUUUUUGGAUUUGGAAAUUGCUGUGCGAGGGGAACCACCUGACAAAGUGUUCAAAACUUUUGACAGUCACAUGUUGCUGGAGGAUCCUCAGACCCAUCUGACCAUGAUCGAAAUGCUCUUUACUAUUAUUGGGCGAGAUAAAGGGAAAUAUAGCCAGGCAAGUAUCAAAUGGCUGAAGGACACUGAAAAUGUGAACACGUACAUUGCAGGUGCAGUCAGUCGCUUUCCAAACAUCCCUGAGCGAGAAGUAACGAGGGCAAUUCAUAGUUUACAUGCAGUUUUCUGCACAAUGGAAGACAUACCAAAUGAGCAAGCUUUGGCUAUAAUCCCCCAACUACUGAUCCAGCUUUGCUCAAAAGAGAUACCUGAUAUAUGGCUAUGUGUUCUGCAAACACUAUAUGUGAUCACACAGAAAACAAAAGGCACAAAUGGCUGGGAUCCCAACUUUAUUGAGAAGUUAUGCAAGACAGUUGCUCCUUUUGUAAAGGAUGAACACUCCUCUGACAUUAGAGUCUACACGUAUGGCAUAUUUGCAAACUUGCUUUCAGUUGAACAUGCAGCCAACAUCUUUACAUCUGUGGGGAUAACUUCAGUGCCUGACAACAUACUGACAUCUGCAGAUAUGAAAGAGAAUGACAAGCUGAAAGAAGUUCUCAGAAGACUGAAAAGUCAUUUCAGCAAACCAAACUCAGAAUGUGAGGAUGUUGCAUCCUUACCUGGAUCCAAGAAAAAGAAGCAGAAGUCAGAAAAGCAAGAAGACCCAAAUGAUGAAGUGUACACUGAUCUAACAGCGGCUCCUGUUGUGGAGUCAACUUCAAAUGUGAAGCCAUUCCACCUCGACACCACUAUGUCAUCAGUAACACACAAAUGGCUACAAAUCAGCAAGAGGUGGAGAGGGAAAUUAGAGAAGCUUCUGAGCACUGAUGAAAGUAAAGUAACCAGAAUUGGCAGCAUGAUUUAUGUGAAUGAUGCAGAAUUCCGCAUAGCGAAGGGAAGUGAUGGUACUGAAGUCUUCUUGGGGCUGAGAGAUGAUGGCACUGAAGUUGCUAUUAAGAAAAUGACUAAAUGCAACUAUCAGGUGCUGAAGAAUGAGGAAGGAUUUCUACGACUUCCAGAGCUUGAUCAUCCAUCUAUUGUACGAUAUGUUGAUGCUGCGGAGGAUGAGAACUUUGGAUAUCUUGGUCUUCAGCUUUGUGAAUACACCUUGGAAGAAUACAUCAGAAAUAAUGAUGGUGGUCUCCAGAUAAAGAAACUUGUCUAUCAGGUUCUCGAGAGUUUAAAGGUGCUUCAUUGUCAAAGUCCUCCAAUUCUCCACCGGGAUCUCAAACCACAGAAUGUUUUGAUCGAUGUUAACGGGAGGGCAAGAUUAGCUGAUUUUGGCAUAAGUAGACGGUUAACCAAAGGCCAAACAACUCAUCGCACAGGCAGUGCAGGAACAAAAUGCUGGAUGGCCAAGGAGACUUUAGCAGAAGAAGGUGACAUAUCAUACAAGUCAAACACUGACAUACAGGUGGCAGGAAUGCUCAGUUAUUAUAUCCUCUCUGGAGGACACCAUCCUUUUGGCGACAAAUCCUAUAAAUGUGAGAGCAACAUUCAUGAAGGGAAGUACAGUUUGGACCAUGUUCAAGAUGUGGUGGCAAAGGAUCUCAUUGAGUGGAUGAUCAAUGAAGAACCAAAGAACAGACCUAAAGUGGAGGAAUGCUUGAGUCAUCCCUUCUUCUGGACCUCUGAAAGGAGAGUUGAAUACUUGACAAAGAUUGGAAACAGGAAGGAGGUGGCAAAAUAUCGAAUGGCUGAUAAGGAACUGGUUGGUUCACUGGAAGAAUGUGCCAGGGAUGGAUCCUUCAAACAGUGGAAAAAUAAGUUUCCACCAGAGUUGGUCCAGAAGAUGGAUCCCAAGAACAAAGCCUACCCAGACAACACACUGGCGUUACUGCGCUUCAUACGAAACCUCCAUGAUCACCAUGCCGAGGAUGCAGCCCAAGUUGAUGUGAUGAAGAUAUUUCCUGAUCUCUUCGGAUGUGUUUACAAGUUUGCCAAGAACCGACGGUGGAAUUCAGAGACCCCCUUGAAGGAAAUGUUUCAAAGAGAAGACAUCAGCACCAGCUUUACCACGCUGUCCAUCAGCCCUGAUGAGCGUCUGGGUGUCCCAGUUCAAGAGUCUCAACCCAGAGACUUGAAGUGAAGUCAACUUCAAAAAGGAUCAGGGACUUCAAAAAUGACUUUAGAGUCUUAUAAGCAGUCAGAGGAAAAAACAAACGCAAGCAAUUCUGAUGUGAUAGUUUUUAAUAGUUAUCAUGUCCAGCUGUUACGGUCUUAGAGUGACUGUUCGUUGUUGUUGUAUAUUGUUGUGCUGCGCUCUCCUUUGCUCUUGUUCUUUUGGUGCGCUCUGCUGUUCCUCCACACCGAGAUGACGUCACGUCUGGGGAUCCCCUUCAGGGCCACGCUUCCUGACGCGCCCUCAGGUGGAUGCCCCAGCUUCCCGCGAUUUGUGGUCCGGCCUCCGAUACGUCACCGCUGUGUCUACCACUCCGCGGUCGGGGCAGAACCGGCCGUAUCGUUUAAAAUAGGACCGGAGAUGAACGCAAAGGGUGGCUGUGAUUACGCUUGAUCAGUCCACCUCGUUGCUUCUGUGUGUGUGGUUGACUUUGUAAUAUAGAGGCAUUUGUUAUUUGUUGGAACUGGGCUAGAGAGAAGUGUUUUAGGUCACAUAUUAAUGUGCUAGUUGGAUAGUCUUUCCUCUGUGUAAAUCACUAGUUAGAGAGGUGGCUGCCAUUCGUGUGUUUUGUUUGUUAGUGUAGAGAGCAGUUAAAUAGGGUUUUGUUUCUUGUUUAUAUUUAGUUGUUUGCCAUAUAACACCAGCCAAGGUUUCAUAGCAAGGUUUUAGCAGCACUAGGUAACAAGACUGCACAAAAAGGAAGUCCAAUAUGUCUUGACAUCAUCAGACUUAUCAUAAAAGGAAAAGCACAGGUGUUACUAAUAACAUUAACAACGGCUCUGUAUCCAAGUAAGCCAUGACAGUGUGACAGUGAGCCAGCAUGAACAAUACCAGGACCCUGAAACUAAAGCAGCUAAAUGGAAUUCAGCCAUCAUUCAUUUUAUUAUUUACACUUGUGCUUUUCCUGCCUUGACAACAUGUCUUCUGUGAAAUACGCCUGUAAGGUUUUGCAAAUGUUUUGUGCAUAGUAACUAUUUUCCAAAGGCUAGUGAGUAGAUUAUAAGAUGCUUUAGUAUUUUUUUAUUUUGUGAGAUUUUAUAUUUUUCCUUGACCAUUAUCAUUAUAAGGAACCAUUGUACUUUUAUUUUGCUACAUUUAUCUGAUGGCUUUAGUUGUGACUUACCUUGAAACAUUGAUAUGUCAUAUGUAAGAUAUUUUUAGUUUUUAUUCCUGACAUAUUUUUACCACUAUAGUUUUUUUUUUUUAUAUUACAAUUUAUUUUAUUCUUGUAUAUUUCUAUGAUAUCACUUUGUUAAAUUGUUGUUUUUUACACAAAUAACAGAGCAUGGGACAAAUAGUGUUCUGAGUGAUUUUAGUUUCUUGAGCUGUUUUUGAUCACCCCAUUGGACCUGUCCCUUUACCUGUUGUCAUAGCCUCUCAGAAGUUUUACGAUUUCAGAACAAUUGUGAGAUGAAUAAAGAGGUUGGGCAUAUAGUCUGUUAUGUGAGAAUACUGAAUGUGGACUUAUUUUGCCUGCAGAUCUUUGCACCCAAUGAUAAGAGCCAUUUUAGACUUCUGAGUUUGUUAGUUUCAAUUAAAUGGAAAAGCAGA